AUGAAGGCCGGUGACAGGGACGCCGACGAGCGCCAUUACCUUGAUGAAGGCAUCAAAGAUGUUGUUCUCUCCCCCAAAUAUUGCUCCAAGGGAACUCCUAGGUUUGAGUUCCGCCGGGAAAAAAAAGAUGAUGUGUCUAUGUUGCCGUACCCUCUUGGGGGCAUCAUUUUGGACAUGGUUUGGGCUGGAGUGCCAUAUGUAAUAGUCGGCAGCUCAAGUCUAGCUGGCGUAUGUCUAUUUCUCCCCAUAUUCUUUCUGUGGAAGAAAUACUACGGCAAUUUCCCCUGCCAAUGGAGGUCAAAGAACACACCAAGGAUUGAAUCGUUCCUCCAAAAGCAAGGAAAUUCACACCCUAAAAGAUAUACUUAUCCGGAAGUGAGAAGGAUGACCAGCUCUUUUGCUCACAAGCUUGGCCAAGGUGGCUUUGGAGCUGUCUACAGGGGCAAACUCCCUGAUGGCCGUGAGAUAGCAGUGAAGAUGCUCAAGGACACCCAGGGUGAUGGGGAGGAAUUCAUGAAUGAGGUUGCUAGCAUUAGUAGAACCUCUCAUGUCAAUGUUGUCACCCUCUUAGGGUUCUGCUUGCAAGGUUCAAAACGAGCUCUCAUCUACGAGUAUAUGACCAAUGGCUCACUUGAGAGGUACACUUUUGGCAGCAACUCUGCUCAUGAUCCGAACACCCUAAGCUGGGAAAGACUCUUUGACAUUGUUCGUGGCAUUGCUCGAGGCCUCGAGUACCUUCAUCUCGGGUGUAACACUCGCAUCAUACAUUUCGAUAUCAAGCCUCAAAACAUUCUGCUGGAUAGAGACUUCUGUCCAAAGAUAUCUGAUUUUGGGUUAGCAAAACUGUGCCGGCAGAAGGAUAGUAAAAUCUCUAUAUGUGGAGCAAGAGGAACUGUAGGGUAUAUAGCACCAGAAGUGUUCUCAAGACAAUAUGGAGCAGUGAGCAGUAAGUCGGACGUCUACGGUUACGGGAUGGUGGUUCUUGAGAUGGUUGGAGCAAGGAAACAAACCAGUGUUAGUACGGAAAAUAGCACCAGGUAUUUUCCUGAGUGGAUAUACGACAACUUGGAUGAGUUCUGUGGCACCGCCGGCGAGAUUACCAGUAACGGUGCCACGGAGCUGGUGAGGAAGAUGACUCUCAUUGGGCUAUGGUGCAUACAGUUCACACCCACAAAUCGGCCAGCUAUGAGCGAAGUCCUUGACAUGUUGGAAAGCAAUAUCGAGGACUUGUGUCUUCCACCAAAAGCAUGUUGA